UGGAUUUUUCUGCCAAUUUUUCCAUUGGAAACAACGUCCGAUUCGUUUGUCUUCGUGGUCGCUUUGUGAAAAUAUUGAAAUUUUUAUGUCGGGGAUGUGAUUCCUGGAGAAGAAAUGAACACUGGUGGCAUUUCUGUCAUCCCGCGAUUUAUUAUUCUGGUUUUCACGGCAACGAUUUUCUGCCGAGUCGCCGGCGGCUCGGUUCCCGAGCAAUGCGAGCUCACCUUUAAGGACAAACACAAGGUUUACUACUACAGCCUGGCCUCUCCAGUCCGCGGCUUCCCCCACGGCAUCCUCAGCGAAGAUGGGUUUUAUAAAGUGGCUGCCAAUGGGUCCGUGCUUUGGUUUCAGCUUUGCAGUUCAAUGAUUUUCAAUCAUGACCCUCCUACAUGUGUUGAUUGUAAGGGUUGUGGUGGUUCUUCAAACUGUGGUAUGCGCUGCAAUGCACUUGUGUCCCAAAGAAUUCAAGGCUAUCCUGUUUGUACAACACUUGGACAGCCUUCAACGACAGUCAUUGAAGUUCUUGAUAAAAACAAUCCUCAGAUGGGAGUCAAAGUAAAAAUGACAAACAAGGCCCUGAUGCAUAAUUGUUCGCUCUCUGUAUCAGUCGUAUGCAAUGCACUUGGAGUCAAAGGCCCUCAUACAUUGGAGGCUGUUGGAGUCUGUGAUUUUAAAACAGAGCUAAAGCAUCCAUUAGGCUGUGCCAAGAUUGUAUCCUCUCAUGGAGGUGGAUUAGGAUGGUUUGGCUCCUUCGUGAUAAUAUUGUUAUGCCUGUUUGGAGCUUACUUAGUGGGUGGAGCAGCUUACCGAUAUUUCUAUUUGCAUGUCCGUGGUAUAGAUGUGAUUCCAAAUUUGGAGUUUUGGGCUAGCUUACCGCAUAGAAUACAGAGUUGUUAUCUCUCUUUAUUGAGGCGAUUCCGAGGACCUUCACAUGGUUACAGGAGUUCAUAUUCACCGGUUAAUUUUUAGGCCAGGGCAGUUGAUUUGUUCCGUUGCAUCAAAUACUAUGUACUUCAAAGUCCCCGCAUUAGGCAUUUACACGAUUAUCUGGCCUGGAAAAUUCGAACUCAUUUUUGCUCGAGGUAGUCACAUUCUUUAUAGCAGCAGAUGCAGUAACAUAUUAGUCCGAGGAUAUAACCCUUCUUUAAUCCCCGUUGUUAACGACGAGCGACAUUUAUCCGUGUAUUUGCGCAUGUAUGUCUAGCUCAUCUGCUUCAAGAACAAGACGGAGGUGGAAACAUUGGGGUAGGAAUUAGGUACAGAUAGUUAUGGUUUAUGUGGAGAGACAGGCAGCAGAGCUGUUGUGUUGUAUGCAAAGAAGAAAUGUGGCUAACUGGAUGAUGAUGCAUUUGUUGAAUACAAAAGUUCUACGAAUAUGUGCUGCACUGAUAAGUUUGAAUAAAAGGGUUUAAAGGGUACGUUGUUUUUAAUUGAA